AUGCAGGAUACGUACAGUUGCACCAAAGAUGUCUCUGCUGAGCAAAUCUGCGAGGCUGCACGAUUCUUCAGCGCUCAUUAUGGAGUCUGGGGAAAGUCGGCUGUGGAGAACAUGGGAACGUCAGUGAAAGCUGGAGCUCGCGUCAAAAUAUCUCCGAAGCUUCUCUAUACGAAAAUCCUACCUGGAGAUAGAGACAACAGCUAUCUCAGCAUGAGACGUGGAACAGAACUCCUCGGUAUUCUAUUUGCAACGAGGUGGAUGUACCAAGGAAAGACCAUUCUCUGGGUCACGCAGCUUUGUGUCCACCGCGAGCACCGAAAUGAAGGCAUUGCAAAGAGGCUGUUAAAUACAGUGAAGAACGACAAGGAUUACGCUGUCGGCAUACUCUCAUCCCACCCAUUUUCGAUAUCAGCUGUUGCGCGAACUUUCGGCAAUGGAAUUGAAGGUAUCGACCUCGAUGUGAUGAGAUCUGAAGCUAGAGACAUCAUGGGUACUUGCCCUGUGACGUAUGUUCGAGAGGCAAAAUUGCACGGCGCGCUAUUUGAGGAUGGUUCUGCAGAUGGAACUAUUUCGUGUGCCGAUACUCAGUUUUGGGUGGAUCAUCAUGAGCCGGAGGCUGCAUUGCAAACUAUCAAGGACAAAGGAAUAGUAUGGCCUCUUGGGUACCUCCCCGAAGGUCAUGAGUACCUGCUUUUCGUCAGGAUCUAG